AUGUCCACGCCCACAGACCCUGGCGCGAUGCCCCACCCAGGGCCUUCGCCAGGGCCGGGACCCUCUCCUGGACCCAUUCUUGGGCCCAGUCCAGGACCCGGACCAUCCCCCGGUUCCGUCCACAGUAUGAUGGGGCCAAGUCCUGGGCCUCCUAGCGUCUCACACCCUAUGCCGUCUAUGGGGUCUGCUGACUUCCCUCAGGAAGGCAUGCAUCAGAUGCACAAGCCCAUGGAUGGUAUGCACGACAAGGGGGUUGAAGAUAUCCAUUGUGGAUCCAUGAAAGGCACUGCUAUGCGACCACCUCACCCAGGAAUGGGCCCUCCUCAGAGUCCGAUGGAUCAGCACAGCCAAGGUUACAUGUCACCACACCCAUCUCCGCUGGGAGCCCCCGAGCAUGUGUCCAGCCCUAUAUCAGGAGGCGGCCCGACCCCACCACAGAUGACAGCAAGCCAGCCAGGACCCCUCAUCCCAGGCGACCCCCAGGCGAUGAACCAACCCAGCAGGGGUCCCUCUCCUUUCAGUCCAGUCCAGCUGCAUCAGCUCCGAGCCCAGAUUUUAGCUUACAAGAUGCUGGCCCGGGGCCAGCCCCUCCCCGAAACACUGCAGCUUGCAGUCCAGGGGAAAAGGACGUUGCCUGGCAUGCAGCAGCAGCCGCCGCCACAGCCCCAACCCCAGCCUCAGCCGCAGCAGCCACAGCCGCAGCAGCAGGCCCUUGUUAACUACAACAGACCAUCUGGUAGGUUAAUAUGCAACCCAGUGAACCCUCCCCCCCGGGAGGGGGCCGGCGGGCAGGCGGGGUGUGGGCACAGGGCACCUUCCCUCCCCAGCUGCCCAUGUCGCUCUUGUCUCGCAGGCCCGGGGCCAGAGCUGAGCGGCCCGAGCCCCCCGCAGAAGCUGCCGGUGCCCGCACCCAGCGGCCGGCCCUCGCCCGCGCCCCCUGCCGCAGCGCCACCGCCCGCGGCUGCCGUGCCUGGACCCUCCGUACCGCAGCCGGCCCCGGGGCAGCCCUCGCCCAUCCUGCAGCUGCAGCAGAAGCAGAGCCGGAUCAGCCCGGUCCAGAAACCCCAAGGCCUGGACCCCGUGGAGAUUCUGCAGGAGCGGGAGUACAGACUCCAGGCUCGCAUAGCCCAUAGGAUACAGGAGCUGGAAAAUCUGCCUGGCUCUUUGCCACCAGACUUACGAACCAAAGCAACCGUGGAACUGAAAGCACUUCGGUUACUCAAUUUCCAACGUCAGCUGCGACAGGAGGUGGUGGCCUGCAUGCGACGCGACACGACGCUGGAGACGGCCCUCAACUCCAAGGCGUACAAGCGGAGCAAGCGCCAGACCCUGAGAGAAGCCCGCAUGACGGAGAAGCUGGAGAAGCAGCAGAAGAUCGAGCAGGAGCGGAAGCGAAGGCAGAAGCACCAGGAAUACCUGAACAGUAUUUUGCAACAUGCAAAAGACUUUAAGGAGUAUCAUCGGUCUGUGGCUGGCAAGAUCCAGAAGCUUUCCAAAGCAGUGGCCACCUGGCAUGCCAACACGGAACGGGAGCAGAAGAAAGAGACGGAGCGGAUCGAGAAGGAGAGGAUGAGGAGGCUGAUGGCUGAAGAUGAAGAGGGCUAUAGAAAACUGAUCGAUCAAAAGAAAGACAGGCGUUUAGCAUACCUCUUGCAGCAGACUGAUGAGUAUGUGGCCAAUCUGACUAACCUGGUUUGGGAGCACAAGCAAGCCCAGGCGGCCAAAGAGAAGAAGAAAAGAAGGAGGAAGAAGAAGAAGGCUGAAGAGAACGCUGAAGGAGGAGAGUCUGCCCUGGGACCAGAUGGAGAGCCCAUAGAUGAGAGCAGCCAGAUGAGUGACCUCCCCGUCAAAGUGACUCACACAGAAACUGGCAAGGUCCUAUUUGGCCCAGAAGCACCCAAAGCAAGUCAGCUGGACGCCUGGUUGGAAAUGAAUCCUGGUUACGAAGUUGCCCCUAGAUCGGACAGUGAAGAGAGUGAUUCUGAUUAUGAGGAGGAGGAUGAGGAGGAAGAACCCAGCAGGCAGGAGACUGAAGAGAAAAUACUUCUGGAUCCAAACAGCGAGGAGGUUUCGGAGAAGGACGCCAAGCAGAUCAUUGAGACGGCGAAGCAAGAUGUGGACGACGAGUACAGCAUGCAAUACAGUGCCAGAGGCUCCCAGUCCUACUACACAGUGGCCCACGCCAUCUCCGAGAGGGUGGAGAAGCAGUCAGCCCUCCUCAUUAACGGGACCCUGAAGCAUUAUCAGCUCCAGGGCCUGGAAUGGAUGGUUUCUCUGUAUAAUAACAAUUUGAACGGAAUCUUAGCUGAUGAAAUGGGGCUGGGAAAGACCAUACAGACCAUUGCACUCAUCACUUAUCUGAUGGAGCACAAACGACUCAAUGGCCCCUAUCUCAUCAUUGUUCCCCUUUCGACUCUAUCUAACUGGACAUAUGAAUUUGACAAAUGGGCUCCUUCUGUGGUGAAAAUUUCUUACAAGGGCACCCCUGCCAUGCGUCGCUCUCUUGUCCCCCAGCUGCGGAGUGGCAAAUUCAACGUCCUCCUGACUACUUAUGAGUACAUUAUAAAAGACAAGCACAUUCUUGCAAAGAUCCGGUGGAAAUACAUGAUAGUGGACGAAGGCCACCGGAUGAAGAAUCACCACUGCAAGCUGACUCAGGUCCUCAACACUCACUACGUGGCCCCCAGAAGGAUCCUGCUGACCGGGACCCCACUGCAGAACAAGCUCCCGGAACUCUGGGCCCUCCUCAACUUCCUCCUCCCCACCAUUUUUAAGAGCUGCAGCACAUUCGAGCAGUGGUUUAAUGCACCAUUUGCCAUGACUGGAGAGAGGGUGGACUUAAAUGAAGAAGAAACUAUAUUGAUCAUCAGGCGUCUGCAUAAGGUGUUGAGACCCUUCUUACUGAGGAGACUGAAGAAAGAAGUUGAAUCUCAGCUUCCAGAAAAGGUUGAGUAUGUGAUCAAGUGUGACAUGUCAGCUCUGCAGAAGAUUCUGUAUCGCCACAUGCAAGCCAAAGGGAUCCUCCUCACAGAUGGUUCAGAGAAAGAUAAGAAGGGGAAAGGAGGUGCUAAGACAUUAAUGAACACUAUCAUGCAGUUGAGAAAGAUCUGCAAUCACCCAUAUAUGUUUCAGCACAUUGAGGAAUCCUUUGCUGAACACCUGGGCUAUUCAAAUGGGGUCAUCAAUGGGGCUGAGCUGUAUCGGGCCUCGGGAAAGUUUGAGCUGCUUGAUCGUAUUCUGCCAAAAUUGAGAGCGACUAACCACCGCGUGCUGCUUUUCUGCCAGAUGACGUCCCUCAUGACCAUCAUGGAGGAUUACUUUGCUUUUCGGAACUUCCUUUACCUGCGCCUUGAUGGCACCACCAAGUCUGAAGAUCGUGCUGCUUUGCUAAAGAAAUUCAACGAACCUGGGUCCCAGUAUUUCAUUUUCUUGCUGAGUACAAGAGCUGGAGGCCUGGGCUUGAAUCUCCAGGCCGCUGAUACUGUGGUCAUCUUCGACAGCGACUGGAAUCCUCAUCAGGACCUGCAGGCGCAGGACCGCGCUCACCGAAUUGGCCAGCAAAACGAGGUCCGCGUGCUGAGACUCUGCACCGUCAACAGCGUAGAGGAGAAGAUCCUCGCCGCCGCCAAGUACAAGCUGAAUGUGGAUCAGAAGGUGAUCCAGGCAGGCAUGUUUGAUCAGAAGUCUUCCAGCCAUGAGCGGAGGGCCUUCCUGCAGGCCAUACUGGAACACGAAGAGGAAAAUGAGGAAGAAGAUGAAGUGCCCGACGAUGAGACUCUGAACCAAAUGAUUGCUCGACGAGAGGAGGAAUUUGAUCUUUUUAUGCGCAUGGACAUGGACCGGCGCAGAGAGGAUGCCCGGAACCCGAAACGCAAGCCCCGCCUGAUGGAGGAAGACGAGCUACCGUCGUGGAUUAUUAAAGACGACGCGGAGGUGGAACGGCUGACCUGUGAAGAGGAGGAGGAGAAGAUCUUCGGGAGGGGCUCCCGCCAGCGCCGGGACGUGGACUACAGCGACGCCCUCACGGAGAAACAGUGGCUGAGGGCCAUUGAAGACGGCAAUUUGGAAGAAAUGGAAGAGGAAGUCCGGCUUAAGAAGCGAAAAAGACGAAGAAACGUGGAUAAGGAUCCUGCAAAAGAAGAUGUGGAGAAGGCCAAGAAGAGGAGAGGUCGCCCUCCAGCUGAGAAGCUGUCACCAAAUCCCCCUAAACUGACGAAGCAGAUGAAUGCUAUCAUUGACACUGUGAUCAACUACAAAGACAGUUCAGGGAGACAGCUCAGUGAAGUCUUCAUUCAGUUACCGUCAAGAAAAGAAUUGCCAGAAUAUUAUGAAUUAAUCAGGAAACCAGUGGAUUUCAAAAAAAUAAAGGAAAGAAUUCGUAAUCAUAAGUACCGGAGCCUGGGUGACCUGGAGAAAGACGUCAUGCUCCUCUGUCACAAUGCUCAGACAUUCAACUUGGAGGGAUCCCAGAUCUAUGAAGACUCCAUCGUCUUACAGUCAGUAUUUAAGAGCGCUCGGCAGAAAAUUGCCAAAGAGGAAGAGAGUGAGGACGAAAGCAAUGAAGAGGAGGAAGAGGAAGAUGAAGAAGAGUCGGAGUCAGAGGCGAAAUCUGUUAAGGUGAAAAUCAAGCUCAAUAAAAAGGAUGAGAAAGGCCGGGACAAAGGAAAAGGCAAGAAAAGGCCAAAUCGAGGAAAAGCCAAGCCUGUGGUGAGCGAUUUUGACAGUGAUGAAGAGCAGGAUGAAAAUGAACAAUCAGAAGCCAGUGGGACUGAUGAUGAGUGA